AUGGUGACGCACACAGGCGUCAGGGCUUACCAAUGCAGCAUCUGCAACAAGCGUUUCACCCAAAAGAGUUCCCUCAACGUGCACAUGCGCCUGCAUCGGGGGGAAAAGUCUUAUGAGUGCUACAUGUGCAAGAAGAAGUUUUCUCACAAGACGCUGCUGGAGAGGCACGUGGCCCUUCAUAGCGCCACCAAUGGCACUGCCAGCAUCCCAGUCCCCGGUCCACCUCUGAACUCUGCUCCAGGAUCAGCGCAGGCUCCUGCCUCCACUCCAGGCCAAGGAUUGCCUUCAGCUCCCACCAUGGCUCCAGCACCGGUCUUGCCUCCGACACCUGUCUUGGCACCUGCUCCAGUUUUGGCUCCGACUCCAGCCUUAGUUCCAGCUCCAAUUUUGGUUUCUGCCUUAGCACCGGCACCAUCACUGGCUCCACCCCCCAGCGCUGCUCCUACUCCUGGCCCGGUUCUAGUCCCUCGUCCCGGGCCUCCAAAUAGUGUGGGCCCAGUAUGUUCCGAGGGCACAACGUACGUUUGCUCAGUCUGUCCAGCUAAGUUUGACCAAAUCGAGCAGUUUAACGACCACAUGAGAAUGCACGUUUCAGACGGAUAA